UGGGCAAUGGUUGGCAGGCACCCCCCUCCUAAAGACACAGGGAAACUGAGAGAGGAGAGAGCGGGCUGUUGAGGGCAGUAGGCAAGAGAGAGUCAGAGAGUGAGAGUGGAGUCGUUUUGCUGUGGCUCCUCAGUAAACCCAAGUUGGAGACAGAGGGCAUUGUAUUGACAGCAGCAUGAUCCUUAUCACAUUUGGACUCUAUCUUCCACUAUUGUUUUGUUAUGUCUUGUCUCAGUCCUCUUUCCUGGACAAUAUUCUCUCAUUCCCAGCAGCUCUCCAACAACAACCUGCCGUGGACCAGCAGAGGAAAUUCAACCCCUGCUGUUUACUGAGUCCACCCCCGCCCCCCCUAUUCCCUCCUCCUCCCUCACUGUGGCACCCCGGUGGUCAUAAUGAGGAGACCAGUACGGGAGGUAAUCACAGACCAGAUCCAGAUACAGGGACGGAGCUGAAAGGGCCCAGCUGUGUCCCAGGCCCCCCUGGCCCCAACGGACCCCCCGGUCCUCAGGGUCCAGCUGGGCUACCAGGUCUGACGGGACCAAAAGGUGAAAAGGGAGAACUGGGACGACCUGGACAAAAGGGUCGGACGGGGCCUCCAGGUCUCCCGGGGCGCCAGGGACCAGCCGGGUGGCCAGGACCAAAUGGGCCCAAGGGGGAGAAGGGAGAUGGUGGAUUGAUGGGAAUACCUGGAGCAAGAGGACCUCUUGGACCUAAGGGUUUACCUGGAUACAAAGGAGAAAAGGGUUCCCGUGGUGACCGUAGUGAGAGAGGGAUGAAGGGAGACAAGGGCACAAUGGGCUUCCCUGGAAUGCUUGGACAGAAAGGGGAAAUGGGUCCAAAGGGAGAACCUGGAAUAUCAGGGAAUAGAGGACCGACGGGCAGACCAGGGAAGAGGGGCAAACAGGGAGGGAAGGGCGACAAUGGGAUUAUUGGCCCUCUAGGUCCAGCAGGUCCUCAGGGGUCCCCAGGCCACCCUGGUCCCCCAGGUCUCCCAGCCUCAGGACUCUACGUGGUUGGAACGAAAGGUGAGAGGGGGCUACCAGGUCUUCCUGGACCUUGCAGCUGUAACUCCAUUAGUGUGAAGAGUCCACAGUUUGAUGAACAUAGUUCCAGGAGCGACUACGCCAAAGUGCCAGCGAUAUUUGUGGUAAACAGUCAAGAAGAACUAGAUGGUCUUCAUACGGACAAUGCCCUAGCCUUCCGGAAAGACCAGAGAUCGCUUUACUUCAAAGACACCAGCGGAUGGCUGCCCAUUCAGACUUCUUUCUUCCAGCUGACGCCGUUCCAGUCUACGGAGAACGCUCCGGAACAGGAGGGUUACUGUGGCGACGGGAUCGUUCAGAUCCCCAAUGGGGAGGAAUGUGACGACGGGAAUAGGAUUGUCACCGACGGCUGCGUCAAGUGUAAACAUGCUUACUGUGGAGAUGGUUAUCGCUACGAUGGGGCCGAGGAAUGUGAUGGAAAGGACUUUGGCUAUCAGACAUGCAACUCAUAUCUCCCAGGGUCUUAUGGUCGUCUCAGAUGCACUCCGUACUGUGUCAUUGACUCUACAAACUGCAAGUAUUUCACAUGAGGAGGAACCUGGACACAGCAGUGGGAUCCUUCUUGUCUUGUUUGCUUUGGUACUGAACAGGAUGACGGUAAUGCAAAUAAAAGAUCCACAACAACACUGCAAACAAGAGACUCAAAAAGGAAGUGUUGACAAACUGGACUAAGCCUGACAAAAUAACUAAAACUACACACACUAACUCUGUUGUAUCGCUGCUGAAGCCAUGUAGCUCCCGAGGAGGGGAGCCGGGGCCAGUAAAACGCCCCCUCAUCCAUUCGCACUGGACAAUUUCACUUUGUCUUAAAUAAAACUCAACUCAAGACUGAAGAGGCUCUGCCCACCUGGUAGGACCAGCCGCUGAACGAGAGGCGGUCAAAUGAGAGACAGCCAUGAAGGGAGAGACAUCCAAUGGGAAAGCUCUGAGAAAGUGAGAGAUUUGUGGGUGGAGCCGGAAGCCAUAUUUACCUCGACGUAGCACUGUUAAAGAAAAGAGAACCAGGUCUGAACAAUCAGAAGUAGGGUGCUGUGUAUUUUACUGCAACGUCAAUGACAUCAUGUACUGUAGCAUUUGCAUGAGGCUGAGAUUGCUGUGAGACCAUGGCCACAGAUGUCAUUACCUAGGCAUUUAACCAAUCACAAUACUUACUAUCGUUGUCAUGAGCUUCGUACUGUGUAUAUAUAGUAGGUAUACGUCUCCAAUUGUACGUAGGGAGUAUAUUGUAUGUUAUAAUUGUACUAAUCAGGACAGCAGGGGCAUGUUAUAAUGAUACAGUAUUCAGGAGGAUUCUGAGAGCCUUGGUCAGUCUGUACUGAAGCCUUGGUCAGUCUGUACUGAAGAGGCAGAUCUUAAGCCUUGGUCAGUCUGUACUGAAGAGGCAGAUCUUAAGCCUUGGUCAGUCUGUACUGAAGAGGCAGAUCUUAAGCCUUGGUCAGUCUGUACUGAAGAGGCAGAUCUUAAGCCUUGGUCAGUCUGUACUGAAGAGGCAGAUCUUAAGCCUUGGUCAGUCUGUACUGAAGAGGCAGAUCUUACGCCUUGGUCAGUCUGUACUGUAGAGGCAGAUCUUAAGCCUUGGUCAGUCUGUACUGAAGAGGCAGAUCUUAAGCCUUGGUCAGUCUGUACUGAAGAGGCAGAUCUUAAGCCUUGGUCAGUCUGUACUGAAGAGGCAGAUCUUAAGCCUUGGUCAGUCUGUACUGAAGAGGCAGAUCUUAAGCCUUGGUCAGUCUGUACUGAA